AUGGUGUACUUCGUCUUCGAGUUCGUGGGCGCCUUCCUUGUCGAUAUCUUCCGGCGACGCAGGCUAAUCUUCGCGGGCCUGGUCACUUUCAUCCUCUGUCAGUUUGCUGCGACGAUCACGAGCUGGCAGUAUUCGCUUCAUGGGUCGCACGCCACGGCAGUCUUGACCGUCGUCUGGAUCUUCAUCUACCAGGUUUGCAGCGCGUCCUUAAUCGCUACAAUGCACAACCUCUAUCCCGUCGAGAUCCUCUCACUCCCGCUGGGCGCCAAGGGAAUGGGGUUCUACAACAUGGUUCAAGGCGCUGCUGGCGUGGUGCAGAAUUAUGGGAUUAGUGUGGGUAUUCAGAAGGUUGGCUAUAAAAUCUGGGUCGUAUAUAUCGUGUAUAAUACUCUGCAAUUGGUCGCGGCCUACUUCGUCUUUCCUGAGACGAGCAAGCUUAACCUGGAGGAGAUUGACACCAUAUUCGAGACGCCAGGGUCUAAUCCGGUCAAGUUGAGCCUGAAGAUUGAGAAGGCGAGGGAGGAGGAGAGGCUGGAAAUGGAGGGUGCUGCCUGA